CACCUCACCAACCAAGCAAAACACCUACACUUAACAGCACUCAAACAUGACGACGAUCCCUUUCUUUCUCCUAACAACUAGCCUCCUUUGCCUCUCCUCCGCCGCCGCAUCAAAGCAAGAUGCACCUCGAGAUCUGGUCCGUUCAUCGUGCGUCCAUGCCAGCUACCCUAGCCUCUGCCUCCGCACCCUCUCUUCCUACUCUGGCCCCGCCAACACCCCACGCGACUUAGCCCAGGCUGCCGUCAAAGUCAGCCUCUCCCGUGCCCGGAAAGUGUCGAACUACUUAACGACCAGUGUGACGGGGAAGAGCAAGAGGGAACGAGGUGCACUGAGUGACUGCGUGGAGCAGAUAGCUGAGUCGGUGGAGGAGUUGAGCAGGACCCUCGGGGAGUUGAAGCACUUGAGAGGGGAGACGUUUGAGUUCCAGAUGAGUAAUGCACAGACUUGGGUGAGUGCGGCUUUGACAAAUGAGGACACGUGUCUUGAUGGGUUUGAAGGAGUUGACGGGAAAGUAAAAUCGGAUGUGAAGAGGAAGAUCACAAAUGUGGCAAAGGUUACCAGUAAUGCUUUGUAUAUGAUUAAUAGGCUUGAUGAGAGUCGUGGUAGGCACCGGUCGAAUCCUUGAUGGUGAUGAUGAUGGACGGCUGUGAUUUAGCUGGCUUAUCAUGCUUGUUGUGUUCUCUUUUUUUUUUUUAUAGUUUGUGUUAUUUUUUAGUUUCUCUUGUUUUUGCUGAAUCUGUAUGUAAUAUUUUUCUACUUAUAUAUAUAUAUAUAUAUAUAUAUAU